CUCUUAUACUUCUUUUUUUUUUUGCUCCAUUGUUAUUUUGCCCUGGUUGGGCCUGUGUAGAAGAAGUGGGCCAUUCCCUUGAAUUAACUUGUCAUGGCAACACCUCUUCACAAUGACUUGGAAACCAAACCCGGUGUUCAUCGCCAGCAGUCGUUUGUUGACUUUUUGUCCAAAUCACGGAAUUCAAUCUACCUGGUGGUGCUUUCCAUUUUUGAAGCCCUAGUUGUGAUUGCGCUGGAAGCCAUCAUCUUUAAAAAGUUUUACUAUAGCAGGUUUUCCAAGGAAAAGCUGGGCCUUGGCAUUCCCGUGUAUUUGAUGAUCUUUAUUUUCUCUCAAGCAUUUCAAGUGUUUCUGGGCUGGGAUGCGGUGCGAAAUCAAAACACGAUUCAAAUUAUCGCGUUCACUCUAUUUAAUCUAUGUUGUUUCACCUAUGCCAUGGUGCAAUUCCGGCAAAUGGAUCGUGCUCUCAAGGAGCCUAUAUUGAAUAACAUACCCGUAGCAGCGUCACUCAAGCACUUUAUUCGUCAGAUAUUGAUCGCCAACGCUGUCGUCAUCGCCAUCUGUGAGGUCAUUUAUAUUUAUCUUGCUGCGCGACUGUAUCAAGAAUUUGGAUGGCGAAUCUACAAAAAGAUUGGGGCUGAUCCCGAAAUCCGCAAUAUGUAUCGUUGGUAUCAAAUCUUUGUCAUGAUUCUCAAGUUGGACAUUUUUUUCUUUCUUGGUUAUUCGAUCCAAUAUCUGGUCUUGGUACUUCAACUGGGUGACAUGGAAUAUCCUCUCACGAUUAUCGCGCUUCCAGUGACAUGCUUGGUCCUUGUCUCCGCCGUUUAUGCUGUACGGCAUGAAUCAAAAAACCUUAUGAUCCUCUUCUUCAUUGGCCUGGUGGCCGGUAUUGCCUAUUUUGUGUUCAAGCUCGCCCGUAUCUAUGACCCCGGCGAAGAAGCCAACUACCGCUAUUUUAAAGAAUUCCUGACAUUUUUUGGUAAGCAAUAAAGGCGACGAACCGAGAAAUGGGGGCUUUCACCGUGUUCAUGAUCUAUCUUAUUACAGCCAGUGUAUCCCUCAGCCUGAUUGUUUUAACCAUCGUGAACGCCUCCAUCUGUUGGCGAAAUUUCGAGAAAGGAUUAAAACCACACUUACUUUACAUCAGCAUCAAAUCCACCGUACCAACAUCAGCGGUCGAUCGACCAUUGUCGCUCGAUUAGUUGUCCUUUUUUCGUUCUUCUUUCUGUACGCUUUUUCAUUAAAUACAGUAGUUUUAUUCAAUUCACAAAUGCAUUCAUUCGAUAAAAAAAACCAUAUUAUGGCAAUUCAUCUUCACUUUGAAACAUAUUAACGUGCUAUUAGCAUCGAAUACAGAGCAAAC